AUGGCGAAAGACCCAGUUCGUGUUCUUGUUACCGGCGCUGCAGGACAAAUUGGUUAUGCUCUUGUCCCCAUGAUUGCUAGAGGAGUGAUGUUGGGUGCUGAUCAAGCCCUGAUCCUCCACAUGCUAGAUAUUCCACCUGCUGCAGAGGCAUUGAAUGGGGUCAAAAUGGAAUUGGUUGAUGCUGCUUUCCCUCUCCUCAAAGGUGUUGUUGCUACAACUGAUGUUGUUGAGGCAUGCACUGGCGUCAACAUUGCAGUCAUGGUUGGUGGUUUCCCCAGGAAAGAAGGCAUGGAAAGAAAAGAUGUGAUGGCAAAGAAUGUGUCCAUUUACAAGGCCCAAGCUUCUGCUCUUGAGCAGCAUGCUGCCCCAAACUGCAAGGUUCUGGUUGUUGCUAACCCUGCCAACACCAAUGCUCUGAUCCUGAAGGAGUUUGCACCAUCUAUCCCAGCAAAAAACAUUACUUGUCUGACAAGGUUGGACCAUAACAGGGCUCUUGGUCAAAUCUCAGAGAGACUGAAUGUUCAAGUAUUUGAUGUUAAAAAUGCCAUUAUUUGGGGAAAUCACUCCUCUACUCAGUAUCCUGAUGUAAACCAUGCAACUGUCUUAACACCAGCUGGAGAAAAACCUGUCCGUGAGCUUGUUACUGAUGAUGAAUGGUUGAAUGGGGGAUUCAUAACUACUGUCCAACAGCGUGGUGCUGCGAUUAUCAAAGCCAGAAAGCUUUCUAGUGCACUAUCUGCUGCUAGUUCUGCCUGCGAUCAUAUACGCGAUUGGGUACUUGGAACUCCUGAGGGCACUUGGGUUUCUAUGGGUGUAUACUCUGAUGGUUCAUACAAUGUGCCAGCUGGGCUUAUAUACUCCUUCCCGGUUGUUUGUAGUGGUGGAGAAUGGUCAAUUGUUCAAGGACUGUCAAUUGAUGAGUUCUCAAGGAAGAAGUUGGACUUGACCGCAACAGAACUUUCUGAGGAGAAGGCCUUGGCAUACUCAUGUCUAUCUUGAAUUCCAUUUCCUUAAUAUUCCGGGAGUAAGUUGGUCUUAUGCUUUCUGUAUGAAAUGGAAUAGCUACAGUUUUGACUAAUGACAUUGUUAAAAUCAUUGAGGAGUCGGUGAUUGUGGAGAAGCUUCGUCCACCUUAUGUUCUACCAGGAUAUUUGGAACAUUAACACUUACAAUUGAUAGGUUCUAUGUAUUGGGCAUUUGAAUGAGAUUUUACAAGGACAAUUCUGGGCUACGAAUGAUGACGGAAUUGCUUGACAAGCUUGUGUCUCUGAUUUGGCAAGAAUGAAUGUUCCAAAGUUUUGUGCUUGGUGAUGCCAUACAAAUGUUGCCUUUUUUAAUCAUCUUGUUUGAGGGGCUGAGUUCCCCUCUGGUAUAUUCUCUCUUCAUUUCCCAUCUUUGUAGCUCAUCUAUCAUGCAUUUAUUUGGGACUCACUGGUUAAUUGGAGAUGAUCUGCC